CCCGGGCUCAUGGCAUGGACCACUGGCUUCUCUCAACAUUGCGCCGCCUCUAGGUGGCGCCCUCUCCCUGCUGUCCCCACAGCUCCCCUGCCUGUGGCCCAUGGCUGCCCCCGGGCACCCAAGUCCCUGAGCCCGGCUCUUAAGCCCACCUUCGGUCAGCUCCCCGCAAUACGGCCUCACUGUCUCACGGUGCCCUCCCCACCCAGCCGCGCUAGAGGCCAGGCUCCAUGUCCCCUGGCCCUUGGGACAUCAGGCCUCUGCCAAGUCCUGACAGGCCCAAAGGAGGGUGAGGCCACGGACCCAGCCAGCAGCAGCCCCCUGUCCGAGGUCAGCAUGGAGGCCGCCAGGAGAGGCGAUGACGAGCCUGGGCCAGGCCACGGCGGUUUGCAUUGGCUACUUGGUGGGUGCGGAGGAGGGACGGUGUCCUUCACAGGGAGCCUGCCAGCCCUCGGGCCACACCCAGCCCCGGGCUCGCCUGCUGGUGUCAAAGCCUGGCCCGGCCCCUGGCCCACAGGUGACCUCACCUUUUUGGCCUCAGGCGUUUCAUCUGUAAAGUGGGUGUUAACAGUGCCAGCCUCCCUCACAGGCGUGCGGCGAGGGUCCAAGCAAAAAGCACACGGUACCGUGUGGAGGACGGUGCCCAGCACUCGGGGUGCUCCAGCUCCUCCAUGUUUCUCUGUGGUGUCUAACCCGGGCCACACAGCCGGGAGGGAGGAAACACAGCAGCUGGCUCGGUGGCUCCAGUCCCAGGCGGGGAAAGGGCAGGACCACAGUGGAGUAGGAACACUUCAGAGAGAAUGUGGUAUCAGAGCAGGGUUUUGAAGGAUGAAUAGGAGUUUGCCCGUAAGAGCAACGUCAGUAACGUCUAGGUUACUGGGCCAGGGGGUGACUUAAGGUUGGUCCCUUCAUUCGUUCACUUACUCAGCGAGCCUUUGCCGGCCCUUUCCUGUGGGGCCUGAGGACGCAGGAGCACCCGCCCGCCAGGAGGAAGGGCAGGUCUGGUGCUAGGGCAGCAUGGCCGGGGCCGUAGUGGGGCAGCCCAGGGCAGGAGGGACACCCACACCGGCGCCCAACUCCUCUCCGGCCUCAAGAACGGUCCUGGCGCCUCAGCCCACCCCUGUCACCCAGGCCGGCCAGCAGCCCCCUGCAGGGAGGGAGAUGGGCACGCAGAGGGGCAGGGCUGGGCAUGCUCAGGGCCGGAGCCGCUCCUGCCUGGCCUGGGGUUCACACGUGUACAUUCCCCACUGUAAGGCGAGAGCGUGUUGCCCGGGGCGCUGUGCGUGGGCCUUGGGAGAGGAGCCCUGGCAUGUCCCUGAGGGUGUCCGCUCCUGUGUCCACUCCUCCUUCGUGCCCGUCUCUGCCCCCACCCUCCAUCUGUGCCCUCAGUCCCCAUCUCCCUCUCUGCCCCGUCUCUGUGUCUGGUCCCAUCCCCACCCUGGGCUCUCUGGGCUGUGGCCUGUGGGCUGCCAGGCUGAGGUGGGGGCUGCGGCCUGGGUCCCACCUCUCAGGAGCCAGGUCGCCCAGCGCAGGCGCCUGGGCCCGUGUGGCCUUGGCCAUGGAGGCCUGGCAACUGGGCUGGGGCGGAGGCAGGGCCGGGACCCUGGGCCGCCGGUGUCGGGCCUGGCCCGCCCGCUGCAGUAUUGAUGGCCCGUCACGGCGGCCCUGAUUCCUGCGCUUUCAGUUAAAAGGUUUCUGUUGUUGUAGCUGAUGCAGUUGCUCUGUUGCUAUGGAAACGUGACAUCAAAAUGACGUUUCCCGUUUAAAAGCUUUUAACUAAAUUCCUGCCUGUCAGAUGUAGGCCCCAUUUUGAGCGUGGAGCUGCCUUCCCAGAGUGGGGCUCUGUCCACGGCGCCGGCCCCGGCCGCCCUGAGCCGCUCGCUCACCCACAGGCGCCUCCGGCAUGGCCGCGGCCGAGGUGCCCGGCUACCUGGUGUCCCCUCAGACGGAGAAGCACCGGCGGGCCCGGAACUGGACCGACGCCGAGAUGCGCGGCCUCAUGCUCGUCUGGGAGGAGUUCUUCGAGGAGCUGAAGCAGACCAAGCGCAACGCCAAGGUGUACGAGAAGAUGGCCUGCAAGCUGCUGGCCAUGACGGGCGAGCGCCGGCUGGGCGAGGAGAUCAAGAUCAAGAUCACCAACAUGACCUUCCAGUACAGGAAAUUAAAAUGCAUGACAGAUAGCGAGUCCGUCCCGCCCGACUGGCCCUAUUACCUAGCCAUUGAUAGGAUUCUGGCCAAGGCCCCCGAGUCCUGUGAUGGCAAACUGCCGGACGGCCAGCAGCCGGGGCCCUCCACGUCCCAGACCGAGGAGUCCCUGUCGCCGUCGGCUAAGUCCACCCCUCUGUACUUACCGUAUAACCGGUGCUCCUACGAAGGCCGCUUCCAGGACGAUGGCUCCGACAGCUCCUCCAGCUUACUGUCCCUUAAGCGCAGGUCGGAGGAGCGGCCGGUGAAGAAGCGCAAGGCGCCGGGCGGCCCGUUCCGCAAGCGGAAGCUGCGGCUGCUGGAGGCGAUGCUGGAGGAGCAGCGGCGGCUGAGCCGCGCCGUGGAGGACACGAGCCGCGCCCUGGAGGACACGUGCCGCGAGGUGCGCCGCGUGCUGGACCAGCAGCACCUGCUCCAGGUGCAGGGCCUGCAGCUGCAGGAGCGCAUGAUGAGCCUGCUGGAGAAGCUCGUGGCCAAGGCCAGCGGCUAGGCGCCCGCAGCCCCUCCCGGCCCGGCCACAGGCCGGCCCCGCCCGCCUCGGCACCGAGCGCCCUGGGCACAGGCCGGGGUCCCCCAGCGGGAACCUGCUGGCGUCGCGCUCCACCGUGGUCCCCGCCGACGACACCUGGAACGCGGGAUGCGACGUGUGUGUCUCCUGCCCGAGGUGGGCACAGCCGCCUUCCCGGCAGAGGCAGCCCCGGCUGGUCUGGGCCAGAGAAGCCAACGCAAGCAGGUCGGGCAGAUCUGCUCCAGGGCAGCCUCCCCCGGACAGCGCUCUCCCCCCCAACC